AUGGACGAUGUCCUCAUCUCCAACCUGCCCCCGGUAUAUCUACGCUCCGCCCUUAGGACGCUGCUCUCCCACGACCAAACAAACCAGAAACCCUUUGUCGAGCACAUCCGCUCAAGGCUACAGGGCUCACCGCCUGCACUGACCGCAGCGGCAGAACUGUUUCCCAGCGCAGAUACUGUAUCUCCGGCAUGUGCUGAAUACAUCCGGCUGACGAGAUGUCUCUUCUCUUCAAAAUUAGCCGUGGAGGCAGUGGGCUAUCUAACACAUUUUGUCAAGGCGACCAUACAAGCUGGUGCAUCCUGGACGCCAGGAUCAGGCCUCGAACGGGCGCUUGAUGAGUUUGCCGGUGACGUUGUCCAAGGGAUGCAAGCCCUCAAGGAGUCAAGACCGGACCGCUCCCUAAAGCUAAGUGCAGAUUUCGAAGCCCUCCUCGCAAGCCUUGUUGCUUAUAGGUGCUACUGUGCCGAAGCAAAGCUUGUAUCCCGCUUCGAAAGAGCAGAGAGACAAGUUGGGGAUGCCUUUCAGCUGCUCUUCCCAGAGUCCGCGCAAACAACGACUAGGGUUGAUCACAGUCAAGCUUGCCUGCAGGUUUCAUUGCCAGUAGACUCCCCCGUAGAGACAUUUACUAUGGGUGGAAGGAAACUACCGCGCUUAUUUAACGGCCUCUGGCAAUUGUCAUCUCCUGCUUUUGGCUCAGGUAGCUCCGAACAGCAGCAGAAAUCGCUCAUCAAACUUGUUCAGGGAGGCUUCACUGCUGCGGAUAUGGCAGACCACUAUGGUGAUGCUGAACUUGUUUAUGGAGACUUCCGUAAUAGAUUACCCGGAAAUGUGAAAGAAAAAGUCUACGCAGCCACAAAAUGGUGUGUCUUCAAACCCAUAGACGCGACCGUUACAGCCGAGUACGUGCUAUCUGCUGUUGAAGAACGAUGCCGUAGACUAGGUGGUAGAGUAGACCUGCUCCAGUUUCACUGGUAUGAUUAUGAAGCAAAAGAGUACCUCGACAUCCUCCUCCACUUGGUCCGCAUAACGCAUGCCUACCCGGAACUAGUAUCAUCCAUCGGGCUCUGCAACUUUGAUGCAGAACAUACAGAGGAAGUAUGCAAGUACUUACUUGACAAGACCGGCAAAGUUGGGAUCGUCUCCAAUCAAGUCCAGUUCUCGUUAAUUGAUACCCGGCCUCUGAGGGGCAUGAUCCAAACUUGUGAAAAGUACGGCCUCAAGCUUCUCACGUAUGGUUCUCUUUGUGGUGGCCUUCUCACUUCAAAAUGGCAUGGCCAGCCAUUGCCGGACAUAUACUCCCCUGUAAAUCCGUUAAACCCAUCCCAGCGCAAGUAUCUAGAUAUGAUUCACCGCUGGGGCACUUGGACUGAGUUUCAAUCCUUACUAGGAGAGCUUUCCUUGUUGGCAGCAAAGUACAAUGCAGACAUUGCCGACGUGGCGAGUAGCUGGGUGUUACGCCAGCCAGCCGUAGGUGCAAUACUUGUGGGCACGCGACUAGGAUUAUCGGACCGAUAUGCGGAUACCCUCAAAGUGUCCGGGGUGUUGAAUGACGCUGAGGUUAGAGCUAUAGACACCUAUGCACGAGGACGAGAAGGGCAGAAGACGGAUGCUAUUUUUGCCGAAAUUGGUGACUGUGGUCAGGAGUACAGGAACAUGCGCACUUGA